CGACGGCGACGGCGUCGACGACGCGCGAGACGCGAACGCGCGAACGCGGGCACGCGCGCGCGAUCGAUCGAUCGAUCGACGGCCGCGCGAGACGACGCGAGGGUCGACGACGCGCGCGCGGAUCGACGACGGGCAACGACCGGGCGCGCGCGACGACGACGGGGGGCGACGGCCGGCGACGAUGUCGCGGUACAGCCGGAAGGGGAGCGAUACGAAUUUGAAAACGUAUCGCGAGCUCAGCAUGAGCCCGAACUUGUUGGCGUUUAACAUGUUCGCGAGCGAGAUGCGACUCGUGCUGCGCGACUCGACGCUGUUGUCGCGCGCGGAGAUGCAGAUGGGCAUCGAAAAGGUGAUCGGUAAUCGAUGGAAGGCGAUGACGAGGGAAGAGAAGGAGAAACACAUCGAUAAGGCUCGCGUCGAACAGGCGCGAUUGAUCGCCGAGGGUGGGAUGCCGCAGGCGCCGUCGUCGGGCGGACGCGCGAAGAAGCAGAAAGCCACGGGCUCGGGGAGCGACCCGGCGCCCAAACGUCGACGCGGUCGACCUCCGAAGACGAGCUCUGGGGAUCACACGUCGUUGCGCAAGCCAUCGAAUGCGAAGGAUUCGGCGCCGAUGAUGCAUAACGGGUUCCACAAUGCGUUCAUGGAUCACGUCGAUCACACGGACGAGCACUCGCACCACGAGCGCGACCCGUACGCGUGGGGGAACGACCACCACAACUUGAGCGACUUGUUCAUGCCGUUCAACCCGAGCUCGAUGCCCGUGGUCGUCAACUCUCAAUUCGACGCCCCGAAGUCGCACAUGCACCAUCACCACCACGCUUCGGCGCACGAUCCGAUGCACUUUUUGCAGCACGACGUCGUCAACGUCAUGGAUCAAGACGGCUUGAAGCCGACCAAUCCUCCGGGAAGCGCCGAUUUGACCGGCAUGAAAGUCGAAGGUCUCAUCGACGGCACUUUCGACACGGGAUACUUCAUGACGGUGCGCGUCAACGGCCAAACGUUGCGCGGCAUGCUCUACCGCGAGGACGCGUGCAUGCGCCAAAUCGGCUUCUCUGUAAUUCUUUCUCGCCCCUCGGCGCGUCGUAGAUGUGCAUUCAAACCCUAGCGAUGCGGGCGAUGCGAGCAUUUCGCGCGUCCACAUUCUUG